AUGGUAUUUUGAUAUUAAUAUUUAGGUAGGUAUGUUGAGAUAAAGUACUUUUAGAUGUAAGAUUUCAAAAGUCAGAAGGACAUUAAAGAAGCAACUUUUCUUGUAUUCUCAAUUACACUGAGUUUUAAGGUUGGAAUAUAGAUAACAAACACUUGUAUUAAAGCUCUUGA